AUGGCUCCUGCAGGUGAAGAUGUACUGACGAAAGUGUCCACGGAUGCGGCGACCGAAUUUGUCCAGUCCUUCUACCCUGCACUCCAGUCCAACCGCGCCGCAAUAUCCUCGUUCUAUAACCAGCCCACCGGAACGAUCUUGUUCAAUGGAAAUACUGUCGCCGAUGGUAGCGCAGUCCAGGAGAUCUUCGUCAAUCAAAUGCCUCCAACACAUUACGAGGUACAGUCAUUUGACUGCCAGAUCAUCAACCCCACAUAUCCUACUCCUACGACAGGUGGUCUGAAACUACCCAGCCAGACGACAGUGAAGGACAUGUCCAUUCUGGUGGUUGUGAGUGGCUUUGUGCGCUUUGGAGAAUCGAGAGACCUACCACAACGAGGGUUCAGUGAAACCUUCGUACUCGUACCGAAUCCUUCAGCUGAUGGGCCUAAGGGAAGGCGUCGGAAAGAAUGGCUUAUUCAAACACAAAACUUCCGACUUGUGGUUUGA